AUGACAAUUAUCCGCUUCGAAGAGAUCUUUAAUGGCACCAUCAUCCGGCACCCCGUCUCUGACAGGCAGCGAGCUGUCACUGAUGACACGCGGACAGCCCUCGAGAUCCUCACGCCCACGACUCUCCGUGCGCACGCCGGCCCCAGGACGAACGAGCGGAACAUGGCGGCCUGCAGGGAUGCACCGAGCGCCAUGGAGGGGGAGGACGGAGACGACUGGGAGCGCAUGGAGGAGUCGGGCCAGCUGGAUAAGCAGAUCCGGAAGCUCAAGAUUCCCAAGGACGAUCUCGAAUCCAACGGUGGCCACGGGUGUUCGGAGAAGGUGGUGAUCGUGGACGAAGGGUGCCGGAACCCGUGCAUGGCCUCCGAGCCGCAGAUCAAGAUCCUCAAGAGGGACGCCCAGAACGAGGGCGGAUCGGCUCCUUCGUCCAGCAUCACCCUCAACGGGAGAUUACAGGAGAUGGUUCAGUCCCGAAAAGAGAGGGAGGUGAAGUAUGCCGAAGCAAGGUCCAGGAUCUUCGGGGAAUCGAAGAAUUCCGAAUCCUUGGACGUCGCAGCCGACGACAGACGUUUCCAGAGCGGCGACGGUCUGGCCACUCGUGUGGAACUCCUGCGGUCGAAGGCAAAAGAAACUACUUCUCCUGGUGUGUCCAUUUUGCGCUCACCCAGAGGACCUGAUGGUUCUAAAGGAUUCGAAUCCAGUCACCGGUAGCGAUCGGAUCGGCUCGACAGUGUCCGUUCGCGUCGUCAUCGUCACCAUCAUCUGCAUCGCGUCUUCCAUGCGUUAUUUCCCAUUUCCCAUCGCAUCUCUUCUUUAUGUGAGCAUACAACUCAAUGACAUUUCAGUCAUGUUCUAUUCGGAUCCUCCACUUGGAGGCGUAGGACUAGCGUUCUUUAACAUGGCUUGUGAUAUUGUGUCAAUGAAGUAAUCAUUUUAUUUUUCAUGUUCCCUCCCGAAUUGCCAUCUGUCAUUGCUUGUGUCCGAAAGAAACGGCGGCGUGGGUCGUGUCCGCUCUGAAAUGCAACGACGAGAGCUUGUAUUUUCACACGUGGCUCUUUUCUGCGUAGCACAAUUUUCUUGUUGAAACAACAUCCCCGCUUAUUCAAUAGCCAGAGAAUAUACAUACCAUAAUGAAUCUGAACCUGCUUUUAAGCAGCCCAGGUGGCCUCAAUUUUAUUAUUAUUCAGCCGAUGGGUGCUGCCUGUCCCAUUUUGAAAUCCAUGAGCUGCGUAUGGUGUCUAGGAAUAGCAAUCGUGCCACUGUCGUUUGAUCCAUUGCCAAUGCUGGAUGCACUCGGGGCACGGAGUUUUAUGUCACAGUUACCAGCUCGUGUUGUCGCGGCGCUCCACAACCUCUUUGGGUCGACGAUUGCGUCGGUCGGACCGUCGCCCUUCCGUCGCGGGAUGCACAGGGUGGCUGUGUUGGCAAAAAAUCCAUGCCUGCAUCUCCAAAAUGUGUUUAUUAAAGCAUGUCCUGUGUGUGGCCUUCAAUAAAGUGACAGGUG